AUGUCGUCUCUGAACCUCCUAUGUCUUUACGACGACGUCCUCCUGUGCAUGUUCGCGUUCCUCUGCGCGGAAGACGCAACACGGAUGGCGUUGACCGCUAAACGACCCUACGUCCUUGCCCUCCCCUUCGCCCUGGCCGACAUCCACCUCACCUCGGCCCCGAUUCGAAGACCAUCGGCGAAGCACUCUGGGAACCUCGACAAUCUCGCUACAGGUUUGCUCCUCCGAAGAUUGGAGUACCUCCAAGGCUUUGAUCCUAUUCUUUGUCGGCCACGUUCAUCCUACAUUCGCCACCUUUCUGCUCCCCAAUUGUCCAAAUACCUCAGGCCCAGAGGAUCGGCGCUGGAAGUGAUCGAACGCGUCACCACCCUCCUGUUCCAAACGCUGUCCCUACGCUCACUCACGAUCCCGCACUUCUCCACUUACUGGGAUCAGAACCUGGGCUUCGUCGAGCGAUUGGCUGACUUCAAACACAUCCACACUCUGGUUCUGCCCGACGUUCGCACCCUGAGCGAACCGGAUAUGAGGCUACUCCCGGACCUUUCUCCCUCCUCCCUCGCCCACACCCUCUGCUCUCUCACCGUCAGGUUUACGCUGGAAAGGGAUAUCGGCCGACAGGAACGCGUGGCGCGCAUGGUGGCGCGUCUACGAAACUUUCCCGCUUUGCGCACCCUGCACCUCAGCAUUGCGAGCGGCCUUUCUGGACACGUCCCACCUCUCCCACCUUCGAAUCCACGCGCGAUCCUGGAGAACAUCCGCGACCUUACAAUUCACGGCGCAUGGAGGCCGCAACCAGUUCCAGACUGCCCGAACAUCAACGAUUUAACGCUCGAAGUUGGUGAGCUCCGUUCGCAAAGCGAAGCUGGCUUCCGAUGGCCGGCACUGCGCACACUCGCCAUCGUUUACGACGGAAACCUUAAUUGGCCGACUCGAGUUGACUCAUCUUGCAUCACGCGUGCGAGUCGUCUAUGGUUCAAGCCCAGCCCCUUUCUUACGGAGGAUUACGACCUGGGCUCCAGGCGCGAGACGGGCAAAUCGUUCGCCAAGACACUCCCGGGUCUGUCGACCGUUUUGUUCUCCUGCACGUUAUAUUGGUUCUACGAAAAGGCAAACGAAUACGUCGACGAUGACGACGAUGACGACAACGACGACAACGGCAACGACAACGCUUGGGAAACGCGGAGGGUCGACAACGACAUCUGGGACCCUUCCCGUCUCAGCACCAACGAAGCUGCCCUCGCCCAGGUCGCCGCCCGUCUGCGCUCCCUCCACCUCGAAGUCCACCACUCCGCGUACCUGAGCCACGUAGCCCCGUGGGACACGCUUAUGACCGCCCUCCCAAACGUGCUCGCCGCCGCGCCGCUCGUGCACCUCACCCUCAUCCUCGUCCCACGCGGGCACAAAGUCGGCGUGGCCGUGCCGAACAGUUGCCACGAGCUCGCGCGCGUGCGGGCCGCGCGGGAGAUCCCACGACGCCUCGCGGAGGCGAUCGAGACGCUGCGCGUGCUACAGGUCGGGGAUGCGAUGCCCGACACGACCCGGCUCCCCCCGCACCAAGUCGAGCGUGGCGACCACAAGGGCGAGAUGGAAGAAUGGGAGCGUUGUGUUCAGGAGAUGGCCGCGAUGGAAGUGGUGCGGCGACGGCGGUGGUGGUGGAUCGAGAGGGAGGACGGCAACGCGGUGAUGACGGAGAUAUGGCGGGAAGACGGAGAGAGGGCGCGGGACUUGGUGGAGGAUGAUGGAUUCGACCGCGCGACGGGGCUCGAUGGUUUUUUCACAUCCAAUUGUGUUUACGAGCCUUGA